UAGAACGAUUAAGCAAUGCCGCCGAAAGGAGGAGGAAAAGCCGCCAAGAAGGCCGGAAAGGCCAGGCCCGCUGGAGCCAAGGGCAAGAGGAGGAGAAGGAGAAAGGAGUCCUUCGGUGUCUACAUCUACAAGGUGCUCAAGCAGGUGCAUCCCGACACCGGUGUCUCCAGCAAGGCAAUGGGCAUCAUGAACUCCUUCGUCAACGAUAUCUUCGAGCGUAUCGCUGGUGAGGCUUCUCGCCUGGCUCACUACAACAAGCGCUCCACCAUCAGCAGCCGGGAGAUCCAGACCGCCGUGCGUCUGCUGCUGCCUGGCGAGCUGGCCAAGCACGCCGUCAGCGAGGGCACCAAGGCCGUCACCAAGUACACCAGCUCCAAGUAAACCGCCUGACCGCCCGACCAGUAUAACCCGGCCCUUUUCAGGGCCACCC